AUGUCUACUAAGCAAUCAUCAUCAGCCUUUCUCUCAUUACCCAACGAAAUACAUCGACAUAUUCUCUCUUUUCUAAUUCCUUCGGAUAUUAAACAAGUUGAGUUUUCGGUUCGGAAGGCAUGUGCACUGAGCAUUAUCAAGUUUCAAGCACUUAAUUCCAAACUCUGCAAAGAAACUAACAAGUAUUUGAUGGAGGAAUUUUGGUGGAAAUUAUUUCAAGUGGAUUUAGGAACGAAUGCAUCACUGGGGGAAGAAUUAAACAAAUUGAAAGAGGAAAUGAUUAGAAAGAAUGUUUUGAGGAGGAAACUGUUAUUGAUGAGGUUUAUUAAAUCUGCAGUGAAGAGUUCAAAGAGUGUUUGGGAAAAGGAUAUUAUUAAAAUGGUCAUUAUGGGAGAAGCAAGGGUUGGUAAAACAGCCUUGACUAUUCAAUUUAUACAGGGUGUAUUUGUUAGUUUAUAUGAUCCAACCCUGGAGGAUUCGUAUAGGAAGGAAGUUUCUGUUGAUGGGGCACCUGUCUUUGCUGAAAUUCUGGAUACUGCUGGUCAGGAGGAAUUUGCAGCAUUAAGAGAUGGUUAUAUUAGAGAUGCAAUGAGUUUCAUACUGGUCUGCUCUCUGGAUAACAGUGAAUCCUUGAAAAAUUUAAAUGGCAUGGUAAAGAAAAUUUUGAACAUUAACGAAAAUGCUGGAUUACCCAUGGUUUUCGUUAUUAACAAGAUUGAUAUUCCACAAACAGAAAUUCAAAUUUCCAUUACUGAUUGUAAGAAUGAAAUUAACCAAAUUAUUACUCGAUUCCAAUUGAAAAACACAAGAAUUAUUGAAGCAUCUGCGCAGGACAAGUUGAAGAGUGAUUUAGUAUUUAAUGAAUGUAUGAAAAUGUCGAAAAGCUUCUCACCUGAUGAUUUACAACUAUUACAAACAAUCAUUGUACAAGACUCAAAUAUUUUAGAAAAAUAUAGAAGGAACAACAGUGGAAAAAAGUGUUCAAUUAUGUAA